AUGUUUAGAAAUUUCAUCCGUAGAAGUUCGUCAAGUUCGAUACCUUUCGAGCCUGUUCCAAUUAACAAAUACAAUCAAGUCAGGUCACAGUUCAACUUCAAGCCUAAGAAGACACAAGGUUUGGUAUACAACCCUGCUUCUGCUAUUCACAAGCCAUCUAUAAAGACUCCUAGGGCAUUCUUGCCGACCAACGACCCAAGAAGACAAUUGAAUAAUGAAGCAGAGUACACCAAGGAACAGUUACAACACUAUCCCAUAAUCACAGCAUAUAAGGCGCAAGGGGAAAGAGACUAUAGCAUUACAGCCGAAGUAGCCAAGAAGAUUUACGAUUUGAGAAAACAAGACCCACAGACGUGGACUGUAGCCAAGUUGAGUAAAGAAUUCGACAUCGAUUUGCAAAAGGUCAAUGUGCUCACUGGUAUUUUGGAUAAGAAGCUCAAAAACAACAAUUUGGACGGAUUGAACGAAAGACAGGUCAAGAAAGCCACUGAAAAGAAGAAGAGAGUGGAGAUGUGGUUGAGGAACGAGUUCUAG